AAGAAGCGACCAGAUGGCGACAACAAAGAGCUGCCGUAGUGACGUAAGCAGAGGCUCGGUUGGAGGGUUUGUCAACACUCUUCACAGGUGUGAGGAUUGCAGCAAGCAGUUCAGUACGGCAAGUAAGCUGAAGAGUCACAUGCGGACCCACACAGGGGAGAAACCCUACAAGUGUGAGGAGUGCAGCAAGCAGUUCAGUAGACCUGAUAGUCUGAAGAAACAUAUGCGGAUUCACACAGGGGAGAAACCCUACAGGUGUGAGGAGUGCAGCAAGCAGUUCAGUCACCUGAGUGAUCUGAAGAAACACAUGCGGACUCACACGGGGGAGAAACCCUACAGGUGUGAGGAGUGCAGCAGGCAGUUCAGUCAGCUAGGCGAUCUUAAGACACACAUGCGUACUCACACAGGGGAGAAACCAUACAGGUGUGAGCAGUGCGGCAAGCAAUUCAGUCGGCUUGACCAUCUCAAGACACACAAGCAAACUCACACAGGGGAGAAACCCUACAGGUGUGAGGAUUGCAGCAGGCAGUUCAGUAGACCUGAUAGUCUGAAGAUUCACAUGCGGUCUCACACAGGGGAGAAACCCUACAAGUGUGAGGAGUGCAGCAGUCAGCUCAGUCAGCUGGGUAGUUUGCAGAAACACAGGCGGACUCACACAGGGGAGAAACCCUACAAGUGUGAGGAGUGUAGCAGCCAGUUCAGUAGACCUAGUAUUCUGAAGAUUCAUAUGCGGACUCACACAGGGGAGAAACCCUACAGGUGUGAGGUGUGCAGCAAGCAGUUCAGAGAGCUGGGUUAUCUGAAGAAACACAUGCGUACUCACACUGGGGAGAAACCCUACAGGUGUGAGGAGUGCAGCAAGCAGUUCAGUCAGCUGGGUAAUCUAAAGAAACACAUGCGGUUCCACACAGGGGAGAAACCUUACAGGUGUGAGGAGUGCAGCAAGCAGUUCAGUACAUCAAAUAAUCUAAAAAUUCAUAUGCGGACUCACACAGGGGAGAAACCCUACAGGUGUGAGGAGUGCAGCAAGCAGUUUAGUCAACUUGGUGAUCUGAAGAGCCACAUGCGGACUCACACCGGGGAGAAACCCUACAAGUGUGAGGAGUGCAGCAGCCAGUUUAGCGUGCUGAGUAAUCUGAAGAAGCACAUGCGCACUCACACAGGGGAGAAACCCUACACGUGUGAGGAAUGUAGCAGGCAGUUCAGUGAGCUGGGUAGUUUGAAGAAACAUAUGCGGACUCACACAGGGGAGAAACCAUAUAGGUGUGAGGAGUGCAGCAGUCAGUUCAGUGAGCUGUGUAGUUUGAAGAUACACAUGCGCACUCACACAGGGGAGAAACCCUACAUGUGUGAGGAAUGCAGCAGGCAAUUCAGUGAGCUGGGUAAGCUGAAGUACCAUAUGCGGACUCAUACAGGUGAGAAACCCUACACGUGUGAAGAGUGCAGCAGACAAUUCAGUCGGCUCGGUCAUCUAAAGACACACAUGCGGACUCACACAGGGGAGAAACCAUACAAGUGUGAGAAGUGCAGCAGGCAGUUCAGUCACAUAUAUGCUCUGAAGAGUCACAUGCGGUCCCACACCGGUGAGAAACCCUACACGUGUGAGGAGUGCAGCAAGCAGUUCAGCUGGCUGGGUAAUCUGAAGACCCAUAUGCGGACUCACACAGGGGAGAAACCCUACAAGUGUGAGGAGUGCAGUAGACAGUUCAGUGAGCUAGGUAGUUUGAAGAGACACGUGCGGACUCACACAAGAGAAACCCUACAGAUGUGAGGAGAGCAUCUACCAGUAUAGUGAACUGAGUAGUCUGAAGACUCACAUGCGGACUUACACAGGGGAAAACCCUACAGUCGUGAGGAGUGCAACAGCAAGUUCAGUGAGCAGUGUUUUCUGAAGAAACACAUGCGGACUCUGGGGAGAAACCCUACAAGUGUGAGGAGUG